CUGGUUUCUUCGCAUUCACAGCUCCUGAGCAUCUCUUCCCCGGGAACCAUGGCUAAAACAGCAAUAGCCUACAAGGAAAAGAUGAAGGAGCUGUCCAUGCUGUCUCUGAUCUGUUCAUGUUUUUACCCUGAGCCCCGUAAUAUCACCGCAUAUACGUAUGAUGACAUGGAAAUUAAACAGCUUAACAAGCGUGCGUCUGGCCAGGCUUUUGAACUGAUUUUGAAGCCGCCAUCCCCGGUCUCUGAAGCGCCCCGAACCCUUGCCUCCCCAAAGAAGAAGGACGUUUCUCUAGGAGAGAUUCAGGCCAAGCUGGAGGCAGCAGAGGACAGACGAAAGUCUCAGGAAGCCCAAAUCCUGAAGCAACUUGCAGAGAAGCGAGAGCAUGAGAGAGAAGUGCUCCAAAAGGCCCUGGAAGAGAAUAACAACUUUAGCAGGAUGGCAGAGGAGAAACUCAUACUCAAAAUGGAACAGAUCAAAGAAAACCGUGAAUACUAUUUAGCUUCCCUCAUGGAACGCCUCAAGGAGAAGGAGAGGCAUGCCGCCGAAGUGCGCAGAAACAAGGAACAACUAGAACUUUCCGGCUGAAAACUAUACCACCGUUAGUAACUUCCUUGCCUAUAUAAUUACGGAUCAUGCGAUAUCAGUAUGGAAAAAUGUAUGACAUCAAAAAAAAAAAGAAACAAAAAAAAAAUUACAAGAACUCAUAAAAUAAAAAAAAAAAAAAAAAAAAAAAUUGCGGUCUCUUUGCAGAAUGAUUUGCUUGAUGUUUAAAAAAAAUAAAUAAAUUUGGGUCUUUUUUUGUAAAUAUUUACAUUUUUGUUAAAAAAUACAAGUAUUGCAUUAUGCAAGUUAUUUCAUAAUCUUACAUGUCCUGUAACAGGCUUUUGGUGUUGUCUUUUAACUCUUCGAUGAAUUUGCCGAAUCUUCCCAAAAUGCCCAUGUCUAAUCUCAUUCCCUGCCACCUUUUUUUGCAUUCAGAACACAACGUAGCAGCCUGAUGGAAUUUAAUAGGAGGGAUGCCUGCCAUUAACUCGCCAUAAUAACGAUUUUUUGUAAGCUUCACACUUUGUUAAACACUUCUUUCUAUCUGAAUUACUGCAAAUAUUCGUUGGUGUCCGCAGAACAAAAAUAAUCUAGCGUCACGAUAAUGUAUUUGCCCUAGUUUGUCAGGUCUCCGAAGCAGGUAUAGCCAAACUGUGGAACUCUAGACAGUCUAUCCCGGCUCUAGAGCUUUCUAAGUGUGGAUUUAUAUGUUAUUAAGAUGGAUGCUGAAUGCAGAACACAAAACAGACAAUUAGAAUUUGUCUUAAAAAUAUAGUGGCUUUAGAUUUGCAUCAAUAGCUACUAUUUGUUACUCUGGAAACAACAUUGUGUUUCCUGUUAAUGUGCUCUAGGGAUUAUGUGUAGGCUUAAUAAUGGAGUCUGUAAGAGAACUCUUGAGUUGUUAAAAAUGGACAACAGUUCUAAGCCUUCUUCAGCAAAAAAAAAAAACCUAAAUCUAAAUUAGUAAAAACUACAGGGAUUAUUAGACAGGGUGCACGUGCCAAGUACGGAAUUCCUAAUCAAGUCACCAAGACGUAAACCUAGUUCCAGUUUUGAAGUUGUUCCUAACCUAUGGAAGUUUCUGCCUGCAUAUUCUACUCUUCAUUAGUGCUAUUUCCUGUAUGUCAUUGUGAGCAAGCUGUGAUAAAUAAAGAAUCGGGGUUCUGUGAACUGA